AUGGCCUCUUCCCAAGAUGCCCGGUAUGGCCAGAAAGACUCCUCUGAUCAGAACUUCGACUACAUGUUCAAAUUGCUCAUCAUCGGCAAUAGCAGUGUGGGGAAAACAUCUUUCCUGUUCCGUUAUGCGGAUGACUCCUUUACAUCUGCAUUCGUCAGCACAGUUGGGAUCGAUUUCAAAGUAAAAACCGUAUUCAAAAAUGAAAAGAGAAUCAAGCUUCAGAUUUGGGACACAGCAGGCCAGGAAAGAUACCGGACUAUCACCACAGCCUAUUACCGUGGUGCCAUGGGCUUUAUUUUAAUGUACGACAUCACAAAUGAAGACUCCUUCAAUGCGGUACAGGAUUGGUCAACUCAAAUCAAAACAUACUCUUGGGAUAAUGCCCAGGUUAUCCUGGUUGGGAACAAAUGUGACAUGGAAGACGAGCGGGUCAUCUCAACAGAGAGAGGCCAACAUUUAGGAGAACAGCUUGGGUUUGAAUUUUUUGAAACAAGUGCCAAGGAUAACAUUAACGUCAAGCAGACGUUUGAGCGUCUUGUGGAUAUCAUCUGCGACAAAAUGUCUGAGAGUUUGGAGACAGAUCCGGCCAUCACUGCCGCCAAGCAGAACACAAGACUCAAGGAAAGCCCUCCUCCGCCACAGCCCAACUGUGGCUGUUAA